GUCAGUAAGCCCGCGGCGACUGCGAGCGGCACGACGCGUCGGCCUCGACGCUGCAGCAAAGGCUCGCGCUCGAGAGCAGUCACUUCGUUUCUUCCCCUCGUAUCCUAUCAUUAUACCGAGUGUGUGAAUAUACGUCGCGGCUUUUGUGUCCGAUCGAUCAUUGCGAUGCGCGAUAAUGACGAUCAUCCUCGCGACUGUGUCGAUGUGUGAGAGUUGUCGUCAGCAGCGCAUCGGCUACUGAGACUCACGUAAAUAACACACUCUCUCGCUCACAAUCGCGGCUUGGGACAGUGCUCGCGCGGAAUGAGGAAGAAGUCGCUUAUCAUGUGCGUGACGUCGCCGCUGAGCGCGAGCAAGAUGCUCAAGAAGAAGGACGAAGCCUCCGGGAGGACUGUCACCGUCACCAGCAGCACGACGCAGCUGCACCCGAGCUGCAACGCCGGCGAGAUCGCUGCCGGCAAGCCUCAGCACACGUCGAUCAUGAUGGUCCGCAUGAUCGGCGACGAGUUCCUGACGGAGGAGCGAGACCGGAAGUACUACGCCGACCACUACACCUGCUGCCCGCCGCCCCUCUUCAUCAUCCUCAUCACUCUCGUCGAGUUGGGCUUUUUCACUUACUACACUGCCGCCAAGGGUGAGGUCAACUCUUCGGGGCCGGUCCCCAUUGACAGUGUCUUCAUCUACCGACCAGACAAAAGGCUCGAGCUCUGGAGGUUCGCCUUUUACAUGUUCCUUCACGCAGGAUGGCUUCACCUGCUCUUCAACCUCGGAGUACAGGUGGUCGUGGGCCUGCCGCUGGAAAUGGUUCACGGAAGCUUCAGAAUCGCCGCGGUUUACAUGGCCGGAGUCCUUGCCGGUUCCUUGGGCACGUCGGUCUUCGACACGGACGUCUACCUAGUUGGCGCGAGCGGCGGAGUUUACGCGCUUCUUGCCGCUCACCUCGCCAACGUUCUGCUCAACUACAACAACAUGGAGUUCGGCAUAGUGCGGCUUAUUGGUAUCUUCGUUAUCGCAAGCGCCGACGUAGGUUUCGCGAUCUACGACAGGUACGCGGCGGAGCAGCAGCAGCUGGGGCCGCCGGUCUCUUACGUGGCGCAUCUGACCGGCGCGUUGGCCGGUCUGACGAUCGGCCUCCUCGUCCUGAAGAACUUCGAGCAGCGGCUGCACGAACAGCUGCUCUGGUGGGUCGCCCUCGGCGUCUACGCUGCCUGCACGAUAUUCGCGGUCAUGUACAAUCUCAUGCAUCCGGAUUAUCCAUGACGCGAGGUCAGCUUCGCUUACGGACACCCAAGGGUCACGUAACGCGAAGCUCAUGCCGUCAGAUGCCUCCUCCUACUACUACUUACGCUCUAGAGGCGAUGAGAAAGACAGAGAGGGAGAGAGAGGGGCGAUUGAACAUGCCAAAGAAUGCGACACGAAUGUGUUGUAUCGAACGUUGUAUUGCGAGGACAUAGCCAUAAGGAGCCUUAGGAGCGAGGAUGAUGGGGCAGUGUAGGGAAAAGGAAGAAGAAGAAGGUGAAGGUGAAGAAGGCCGAGCUGACAAGACUGACUGGAUUUAUUAGGAGAGAAAGAGUUGGGACGCACGACUCGAUACGAAGAGGAUGCAGGCGAGGAGAGAUGGCGCGCUGCGACACGUACGAAAGAGCGCGCAUCAAUAUUUUUCUGUAUAGCUCUUGUAAAUAUGUACAGUAUGUGUGUGCGUGUAUUUGGUGUAUAGACCGUCGAGAGCACGCGCGCUCCGACGUGUGUAUACGUGUGUCGAGUGUUCUUUUUUUGUUCUAUUUGUCUUUUGUUUCGAGGCUUCGCGCGCGCGCAUUUAUUUCCGGUAGAAUUUUUUUUUUCAUCAGAAUUUUCCAGGUAAUGAAAAAAAAAUUAUCAGCAUGGCCUGCUAGUAGGAAAAAAAAGAAGAAAUGUGCGCGAACGCCUUGCAUAGUGACGAAGUUUUGUUGAUGAUGAAAAAAAAAAUACAGCGCUGCGACGAAGUUCGUCUAUAAAGCAGAGUGACGAAAUACCGAAAUUGUGUUCUUUAGUUAUUGUUCAACUGUCAUUGUUUGUUUGUAUUUAUUUAGAUAAGUCGCGCGAGAAUGCAGUCGAAGAAAUUCGACGAGAGCUUUCGAAGAGUUGGCUAAUUUGAAACGAACGUUUUGUCACCCUCUCACUCACUACCUUUUCCGUCCCGCGCUGCUGUUAUAACUCUUGGAGAGUGUGCUGAGAAAGCUUGCAUCGACUAAUCGCAUCGUCACUGUGUGAUGUGGUUAUUUACCACCUUAUUAUUUAUCUACCAAGCUUUUCUUUUUUUUUUAACUUCUGGAAACUCCAGCAUUGAAUGACGAUUCAGUAUACUGGUAAUUUUUUUUUAUUCUCGAUGCGCGUAUGGUACCUCUGGCAUUUAUCUCGUCAACACGAAGUAAUUGAAAGGGUACUUUCCGCAUGAAGCUUGCACAAGAUCAUAUUUUUCGCGUGCAGCACCGAUUCGAAAAGAAAAUCUCAGCGAAAAAAUUAACCGACUUUUCCCUCGGGAGCGUCGAGCGAUGCGCGACAGAGAAGGGGCGUGCGAGAAAGAGAGCACGUGAAUGGAUGCAUAUGCGGGUGUGUGUAUGCGUGUAUGUGUGUGUGCGUGUAUGUGUGUGUGUGUGUGAUGAACGAUGCUAGUCAAUUAGUACCCGAGGGCUGGGCUUAGAGAGUUCCGAACGAGGACUCCUGGGUAUAUAUAACGUCGAGAGCUUCUCGCUCGGUCCCCUCGAGAUGCGCGAGGACGAGAAAGCCAUGAGCGAGAGAGUGAGAGAGAGAGAGACGCACAUACACGGAAACACACACACAUACACACACACACACACAGAUAGCGGUGGCAAAGAGCGAUAAAGCAGUGCGGGGGUAUCAGGAGCGCGCGCGCGGGGGCGUAAUUACGCGUGAAUAAUUAAAUCUGCGCCGCGAGCGCGCGGGUGUGUAUACACUUGCAGGAGGCACUUUGCACACGGAGGGCACGAUUAAUUUGGGCUUUCUGAUGUAAUAACGAGGGGGGACUUUGAUUAACGACCGCUCGGACCUUCCACUUUUUCCGGCCUUUUCCUGCCUUCGCGAACAAUGUCAUGCGGCUCAAAAUUCUGCCUCGUGUGUUUAUGCUUAUAAAGUAGCUGCGAUAUUCCGAUGAUCUUUUUUUUCCUGAUGUGCAAAGUGCUUCGUUAACCUCCGUGUAGCGACUGAAUGCUUUCAUACAUAUAAAAAAUUUUUCCAGUCAACGCUUCAUGUCAUCGUCAAUACGUUUGUUCUAAGGCUGAACUCUGUAUUACGUUUAUUAUUUAUGCAAGUGUACAAAGAUUUAAAGCUAUAUUCGUAAAUAAAUACACCAGUGUCGUCUGCAAUUAAAAGUGCGUUAGAUAGUUUAUAAUAUAUUGCGUUUAUUAUUUAUUUUGUGAGAGUCAAUGCAAUUUGUAUUUUCUACUUAGUUCGAGUUUUAAGCGUGUACAGUUAAGUUUGUCAUAUAGUUCAAGAAGCCUCCGCGAUUUCAUUCAUUACUUAUAGGCUAGAUUAAAGAAAAUCAGUAUCAAAUUGAAGCUCGUAUAACAUUGUUUAUUAUACUAUUAUUAUUCACUGAACAAAGUCAUUGUAAGCAAAUAAAUCAGAAAGAUCCUUGGUGAAAAUAUUUUUAUGAAAAUCUUCACGAACGAAUAUCAUGCAACAGACGUGAACAUCAUUGUAAAAAAAAACUACGAACGAGAAGACUUCACAUAUAAAUAUUAUCACAAGGAAUGCAAAAAUCGAGGUGAGCGGGUAAAUGUAUUGAAUGAAUGAUCAAUGCCUCGCUUGCAUACGUUAGAAUCUCUGAAAUAAUGCUCAAAUGAUUUUAAUUCAUACAUCGUACAAGCUGUGCUGAUGUAUAGGGACAAUGCGUAUUAUUUUCAUUCUUUUUAAUUGGUAACUUUUUAAGGAUAGCCUUUUUAUGCAACAGAACGAAGCCGUUUGAAUUCUGUGGAGAUUCUAAAAUGUGCGAUGCGACUCUAUGUAGUAUAAAUAAAUUAAAUAAGUAAAAAAAGUAUAUAUACACAUAAUAAUUUAUAUUAUAUACGGUCAGUCAAAAGUCCACAAGCCAAAGAGGUGGAGCUAGUAAAAGAAAAGAAAACGAUUCAAAUGUUUAUUGUAUAACUCAAUGAUGAUUCCUCGCUAGGAUAAUUCGUAUAGUGGAAAGCUUAUCGCUGGACGAAACGACGGAGACGUGCAUAAUGGAACAUGUAAUUCCGUAUUCCGUACAAUGCAAUCGAAAACAGUUGUGUCUUAUUUGUUGUCAUUUUAUUUGCAUUUACCUUCGAGAAUAAUGGAAACAUGUACCUUUUUGGCACAUUUGAUCUACGCAUAGAAAACACUGUAACUUUUGUAAACUAAAAGUAUAAAGAUGUCAGUAUUUUUCUCAAAUUUUCGCAUCUGUCUAAGUCUUUGUACAGAACGUUGUAAAAAAAGAAAUAUCAAGGUGGCGCGUUUUCUCUGGUGUUAAUAUUUUUAUGCAAAAUUUUAUCAAAGGAUAUUCGCUGUGUGUAUAAGAGGAGAUAGCAUAGGCUAUCCUAUAGCAGGCAUAAUCUGCAUUUCUAGACUUAUUCCAUUUGAUUAUGUGUAUUUUGCUUGAAUCCACUUUUGUUUGUGCACACAGCGAACAGGCUCCUAGAAAUUUAUAUUUUAGCGGUCGAAAAUCCAGAAUGAAUUCAAGAAACAGUACAUGUACACACUUCAAGUCGGCAAAAUAAAAUUUUCAUAAAUAUGUUUUCGCCAGGGUUUAUCCACUAAACAAUAAAAGGUUGUUCGUUUAGUCGAUGCGUCAAGUAGAAUUAUUCCGUUAUUCUUGUCGUCACAGUGAGAUAUAAUUCCAGAGCCCCUUAACGGCGCGCGUUAAGUCGCAUUUACCAAAUACUAUUAAGUAAUGGUACGUUCCCUUAGCGAUUAUAUUGUUCGUAAGUUAAGAGAAAGUUUUGAUCGAAAGCUCUGUACUGCCAGCGAGAUACUUUUUUCCUUAAAAUUUAUCAUUAUUAAACGAAGGUGACGUCUAAAACAUCUGUAUUAAUUGUAUCUUUAAAUCGCUAACGUUUGUGUAAAAAAAAAAGAGUAAGAGAUAAUACGAGCAAAAAAGCUUUGAAACAUCACAUUGAUAUCAUUGCACCUAAUUCAAAAUAAAUCCAUUUAAUUAUUAUACAA